UGAGCCGAGCGGUUUGCGUUACCAUCACACCCUGUGGACACGUCGGUCGCGCGCGCCAGACAAUAAUUCAUAAAAAAAAAAAAAAAAAAGUGAUUUAUUAUAAACGACGUCGUUAUGUAUUUCGUUUGAUUGUUGUGUAUACAUACCAGAGUGUGCGUGUGUUUUCGAUAUUGUUUUCCUGCCAUUCUUAUCGAUGAUGACAUUUUACAGGCCAACGUCCGCAUCGAUGCCGUUUUAUGGGGGCGAUUAUCGGCCAGACGACGAACCUCCACCGGAAGCCGUCUUGGAGGAGAAACGCAUCUUAGAACACCAAUUUCGAAGACCGUCGCCGUCGCGGUUAACGUCAUCCACGGAAUCGUCUAUUCGGCCACCGACCACGGCUAGACACAUUGGUGGCAUUAACGCCAACCGGUCACUGCGCGCCAGGCCGUCAGGCAGUUCACCCAGGAGGAGUCUUCAACGGUCGUCGGCGUUCAGCAACCGGAGAUCUACAACGAUCAUGGAUCGUGGACGGACAGCUUCCAUGCCCGCGGUGCCGAUUGUCAGGCCGAGUUUCGGAAAUGUGCCCAGACCGGAUGGCCCUGUGCUGGAAGAGUAUCGCCUGCGAAGCUUCUCGAUCACUGCCAGCGGGGUUUGCAACUUAGGCGACUUCGUACGAUAUGCCUCGCCACCAUCGUCAACUCGACACCAUCAACCGGUCGGGAAACGCGAAAGUUGCCCCGCGUCCGUUUCCGGUACGCCAUUACACCAGCAAAACGCAAAUCUUUCCUCUGCCGUCACCACUUCUGCCGCUACCUCGCACACGGUCUGCACGGAAUUUUCCAGAUUCCGAAAACCCAGUACGGCGUUGACAAACAAAUUCAAAGCUAACGACACUGUAGAAUCGUACAAAGUGGCGUUGCUAGGGGCCCCGGGCGUCGGAAAGACCACGAUAUCUGUGCAGUUUUCAACAUCAGAUUACAUAUGUGUGUACGAUACUUCCAUAGACGAAGACUGCGCUUGUCGAACGAUCAGAGUGAUGAUAAACGGUCAGGAAGCUGAACUAACCAUUAUCGAUAUACCAUACAUAGAAAUGUCGAUUGAAACUCUAUGCUCGACCUACAACCCAAAUGUAUUUAUAGUUAUGUAUUCAGUUGUCGACGAGAGGAGUUUUGAUAUGGCGGAACAGAUGUUACUGUUUCUAUGGAAAGGCGAAUAUAUUCACACAAGAGGUGUAAUAUUAGUUGGAAACAAAUCAGACUUGGAACGUACAAGAAAAAUUCAAACAAAUGUUGGACGCAAUUUGGCAUACAGUUGGAACUGUAAAUUUAUCGAAACUUCAAGUGGUAUUGAUCAUAAUGUGGACAAGUUACUAGUAGGAAUUUUGGCUCAAAUCAAGCUAAACCCACUCAGAGAAAGGAUGUAUAAUAGCAAAAGGAAAAAAUAUAGCGUCACAAAACUAUAUAAGGACUUUUUAGCUUACUUAAGAGGCGUCAAAUCCAGUGAAAACUUAUUCAGUAUUUAAUUAUUUUACUAACAUAACAUACAAUAUUUUUCGUGGACCAAUUUCUUUAUCCAAUACCUAAUUUAUAUUUUUUCCUUAAGUACAAACUUUACAAAUUUUAUAAAAAAAAAUAGAUAUUACAAAAAAAAAAAAAAAAAAAAUACAUAUCUAACUUAAGAUAAAAUAAUAUUUGUUAAAAUAUAUGCCACUUUGUUUUUAUAUCAAAAACCUCUCAUCAAUUAAGGUUUUCUUGGCUAAAUUCCUUUUGCCAAAUGUUGUUCUGAUGACGCUCAUUACCUAUAUAAACACAUUACUCGAUUAAGUUUUAAUAUUUAUAAAAGACAAAUUGUAUUCAUGAUUUGUGUAAAACAAUAUAAAUUAAAAAAAAAUACAUUUAUAAAAGUAGUAAAAUAAAGUUGCAUACAUGUAUACAAGUAAUAUAACCAUUAUAAUUUAUAACUAUC